AUGCAAGCAGCUGACUAUCGUCUUGUUCGUUCUCAUAUAACUGCUGGUAUUAUGAUGGGCAUUAAACAAUCUGUAUUUCCAAAAACUGUUGAUGAUUAUUUUUCAUAUUGGCUAUAUGGACAAAGAAAAUCAACGAAACAAAUUCUUAUUAAUGUACCUGGUUCAAUACCUUGUCUUGUUUGUUCAAAAGAAAAUUCUCAAUAUCAAGACAUUUGUUUACUUACAAUAGAUUUAAAUUCAUUUCUUCAAUAUUUACCAUUAUUCAAUAGCGAACAAUUAACAACACUUUAUUCAUUACUUGAUGGUGAUAGACAAUUUUAUGAAUAUGCUAUUCGACAACAGUAUAAAGAUUAUAAACAAAUGUUAAUCCAGCAAUUAGAAAUAAAUCGUACUAGACAAUAUCAUCUUGUAUAA